UUAUAGAAAAUUGGAUGUCGCUUGAAGAUUUUCUCCAAUAUUGCACCACAAAGUACAGACAGAAUCGCUCAAAUCAUCGGCAAAGAAGAGCAAUGCAUUGAAUGUUUGAAAGAAAUUGUGGAUUUGUUGAAAAGCACGCCAAUUAAAGGUCCAAUCCAUAAUUAUGAUCCACAUAACUUCGAUGACAUCUAUGCUGAUGAAUAUGGUGGUUAUGGAAGUGGGAUGAACAGUGGCAGCUUCCGAAAUGGUGGAAACAACAGUGGAGGCGCUGGAGGACGCUUUGGAAACGACAGAGGUGGUGGCGGCGGACGUUUUAAUGAUCGUGGAGGAAAUCGCGGCGGUGGUUUUAAUGAUCGUCGUGGAAAUGGUAACAUGGAUCGUCGUGGUGGCGGUGGAAAUGUUGGAAUGCGUGACUAUGUCGAUCCGUGGGCUCACAAUGGCAAUAAUGGAAACAGUCCUAUGAUGGGCGGCGGCGGUGGUGGUGGUGGAGUGUUGAACAACUUCACACUUGGAAAUGGAAGCAACAAUGGCAUGAACAGCAUGAAUAUGGGAAACACUAGUGGACCAAACAAUGGAAAUAAUGGCGGUGGUUUUGGUGGUGGAAACAAUAUGGAUAUGGACAAGACAUCGACUCAGGUCACAAUACCAAAGGAUCUGGCUGGUGCAAUCAUCGGAAAAGGUGGCGGCCGUAUUCGUCGCAUUAGAUCAGAAUCGAACGCUUUCAUUCAAAUCGAUGAAGCAUUGCCCGGGUCAACAGAUCGCAUUAUUACCAUUACCGGUACACCGAAACAGAUCCAAGCAGCUCAGUAUAUGCUUCAGCAGAGUAUUCGCAAUGGAACGAAAUAAACAUGAGCAAGAACAUGCAGUUUCUUCUCAUCUCACUUCACAUAAAAUAUUAAUAAUAAAAAAAGUUCUUCAUAAAUUAAAAAAAAAAUUAAAUAUCAUAAAACGAGAGCCGAAACAUAUUAUAAAGCAUAACAUAAAAAUAGUUUUCCUUGCUUCGUUUCUACGAUGCAAUCUGGGAAAGAAGAAAAGAAAGAAAAAUGGAAAGCAACAAAAGUUUUGCAGGCAACAAACACAAAUGAAAAGUUAAUUGAAGUUUUAUGCAAAGAUUCAUUCUUUCUUCUCCUCAUCAUUUGCAUAUGGCAUUUUUUCGGGGAGAAAAUAAAAGGAAAACUUCACAUACAAAAUAUAAAGCAAAAAAUAAUCCAACAUCGCAUUUUCCAUGCUCUCGAACGUGCUCAUUCGACAUUAUAUUACUUUCUGGAAAAAUCAUACAGGAAAAGUUUAAUUAAAACUUUUUUCCUACUUCACAUUUCAUUAUAUCUUAGUUUCAAAACGUCCGCGACAAUAUGCGACAGAAGUUUUAAGACUUGAUGAUGAAGAAAUAGUGAUUCAGAAAUAUAUAAGGAAUAAUGCUGCACAACAUAAUUUGAAGCCAAAACUUCGUAAUUAAAGAAUUUAAAACAAACACAGCUUAACCGGUACCAAUUAUUAAAUAUUAUUCGGCAUAAUCUCUCGUUGAAGUUAAAAAAUGAAAAAAGAAAAAUUGUAAUUAAUAAAUAUACCUAUUGCCACAGUAGAAUUUCAAUCAUUCCAACAUUUUUUUUUGUUUAUGUUUUAAUUGUUAGGGAAAGUAGAAGAAAGUUUGGAUUAAUGAGAAGAAAAAUAUCCUGUUCAGUUUCAUGAUUUUUCCCUUCAUCAUAUUAUAAAGAACUCAAAUUUAUUUAAUUAGAAGUUGUCUUGGAAACUCUUGGGGAAUUUCACGCCGCGACGUUAAUCAACUUCAAUUGAAUGAAUCUUCUUCUGAUUAUUGUCUUGAAGAAGAGAAGAUUCUGAUAUUUCAAUUUUUUUUAUUUAAAGUUAAAAGUACAAAGUAAGGAAAAGAAAAUUCAUGAAAAGAGGAAAGCUGGUUCACAUCUUAAUUAAAAUACCGAUAAUUUUUCAUUUAUUCUAAUUACAAGCACGACGUAACCAUUUUUUUUCUUCUUUUCUUUACUCUUUGAGAUUCCGCAUUUUCUCUCGUUUUGUUUCAAAAGGUUCACUAAUUAACAUUGAAAAGUAAAAUAGAAGGAGUAAUAAUGAAAGAAUCACCAAAAACAACCCAAGGAAAAAUAAAAACAUUAUAAAGCAUAAAUUUAAUGGAAAAUUUCAACAUCGUUGUCGCUUUUUGUUGGCUUUUGAAAAACAAUGACAUUGUUAGAUAAAAAGCUCGAAUUAAAGCGAUGAUCGACAAAAAAAAACUUAAUAAAUUUAAGGAGAAAAAAAAAUUAUAUUUUUAAUAUUUUCAUCAUAAUCUGUAGGGAAAAGAAAACUUUUUGAAAUGAAGAAGGUGAGGGUAUUUAAAGAUAAUCCCUUCGAUUGUAGAGAAAAAAAAAUCAAUUAAAGGCAUUAAAUAUAUUUUUUCAAACAAAGAUUGUUCAAGAAUAAAAAGGAAUUGGUCAUAAAAUUCAUAUUGUGGAUUCAUGAAUAAAUAAGAAGAUGAAUUUAUGAAUUAUUUGCUAAUAUUUUCUUCUGUUUUCUCUCCUCUUAACGUCUUUAAAAACUAUUUUUCAUUUUCAAUUAUUUUAAGUGCUUUUUUGAUGAGAAAAUUUUGUUCAGAAGUUGCAAAUAAAACCAUAGAUAUGCGAAAUAUUUCUUGACAUAUUCAAGAGAAUUAUUUUGCAUAGAACUAACAACAAUAAGCUGUCACAUCUUAGCUCGUCUUCUUUGAAAAAAAUAUUUUAAAUUUUCACAUGAAAGAAGAACAAAAAUGUUUUAUUCAUAGAUUUAUCUUCUUUUCAAUUCAUGGAUACAUGACCAAUGCAUUCAUUUUUUAUGUAAUAUUUCUUAGUAGUUUAUAUCUUUAUAGUUCAUAAGAAAGUUGAGAAGAAAAUAAAAAGAAAAUAUUUCUUGGGAGCAUUAAUUUUGAAAUAAAAGAGGAAAAUUGAAUGAACUA